AUGAGAUUUACCCGUCUCGAGCCUUCUACAGUCACACAAACACGAGUCGGAAAUAUUGCAGAUCAAUCAACAUGCUGGAUUCUUAGUGUACCAGCUCUCAAAUAUGUGUACAAGUAUCCAGUCAAUGCCAUUCCACCAAACGCCCAGUCGGAGGUCCUGUCUGUUCCCGUGGUAUCCCCUCCUAUGGCAAAAUGA